AUGGCGGUGCUCCGAGCCUUUCCCCUGCUCCUGCUGCUGGCGCUGACGUCAUCGGUGUCAGCGGGACGUGUUCUGCUCCAGUCCUGCCCUUCCACGGGAAGCACGUGCUACACCGCUGGGGGUACUACCGGUUACUGCUGCCCAUCAGGCUUCAACUGCUUCUCCAGCGCUACCUUCACGUGCUACCCCGCGUCUGCGAGCUACCCCUCCGACCCGUCAACCGCGGUCAGCAACGGGUUUGUUGCCGGGUCACCCCCCGCCCCCGCCCCGAGCACCGGCGCAAGCCCCCCCGAGGGAUCCCCCCCUGAGGGGAGCCCUGUCGCCCCCGGACCGGCCCCCGACGGUUCCAGCGCCAUCGGUAUUCCUCUGUCCGGCGGAUCGUGCACCUCCUCCGGCUACCCGUCGACCUGCACCACCGCCGACGGUUCCGCCCAGUACUGCUGCCCCACCGGAACCGGAUGCUUUUCCUCUUCCACCUUCACGUGCUUUGCCUCGAGCGGAACCGGAACGUACCCCACGACCCCGACCAACUUCGACUGCUCGCAAGUCGUCGAGCUGACGAUUGACGCCGCGCAAGCGCUGUUCAAGAGCGGCCAGCUGACGUCACGCUCGCUCGUGUCUUGCUACCUGCAGCGGAUCGCGGAUUACGACAACAUCGGAACGUUCAAGGGACUCACCGCUUAUGCCACCAACUCCGUUCUGGAGCUUAAUCCGACGGCCCUGGCUGAUGCUGACGCGAAGGACAUCGAGCGCGCGGCGUGCGCGCCCAACUGCAACCUCAACAAGCUGCACGGAAUUCCGGUCAUCCUCAAGGACAACGUCUGCGCGGACGGAAUGGAGUGCACCGCUGGGUCCUGGAAUCUGGUGGGCUCCCACCACGCGGAAGCCUACCUCGCGACCGGAAUCAAGAACGCGGGCGGAAUCAUUCUCGCCAAGGCGGGCCUCUCGGAGUGGGCUAACUACCGCGGCAGCUCUGUCUCCGGCUGGUCCGGCCGGGGCGGGCAGGUCUACGAUCCGUACGUCCGCUACUCCAUCGGAAACCAGAUCACGAUCAACAACCCGUACCCCGACAUUCCCUCUGCGCUUCCCGUCAACACCACUUACUUCAACUACUCCAACCCGGGAAUCGUCUCCGGGAGCUCUUCCGGUUCCGCUGUCGUUGCCGCAACUAGCUUGGCGAUGGUAACCAUCGGCUCCGAGACGAGCGGAUCGAUCCUGAGCCCCAGCGGAGCGAACGGAAUCGUCGGGAUCAAGCCCACCGUGGGUCUCGUCAGCCGUGCCGGCGUCGUUCCGCUGUAG